AUGGCCGUGGUCCGCGUCUUCGCGACCGAUGAGGAGGUCGCGUAUCUGACGGAAUCCUACUCGGCGUGGGAGUCGAUGUUGCCAUGUGCAAACCCCAACCCGAACAGCAACGUUGACUUGAUCCUGGCUUACAGCAAGGACCUUGCCGCGGACUCCACGGCCAAGGCGGCAGUCCAGUCCUAUGAGACAGGCUUUGCGCAGAGUGAGCACUGGACCCGCUGCUUCGCGGGCAUCAAGAAUUUCUCCGCCAUGCUUGCCCCGGAGGAAGACCAAUAUGAUGAGCAAGGUUAUGCCAUGAACAAGCACUGGGUCUCAGGCCCCAACAUGAUCUUCAAGCAUGUUGUGGAAGCCAUGUUCACUGGUGCCUUUGCCGGCGAGUACGACAGCUUCUUCUGGAUGGAAAUGGAUGCUGUUCCUGUCAUGGCGAACUGGCUGGACAAGUUUGUGGAAGAGGCUGCAGAGAUGCCUGCAAUGAACAUGGCUAUCCGUGGCAGCCCCUACUAUGGAGCCAACUGGCUCAUGUUCUCAGACAUGAUGCCUGGCUAUUUGCUGAACCACGUCAACGGCAAUGCCAUUUACAACCUCCAGCACCCCUGGACGAAGUUCCUGUUCGACACGUUCACUGCGGUGGACAAUGCUGCCUUGAUGGAGGAGAUGGCCUUCGACACGGCGUACUCGGCGAUCACCAGAGCUGCUAUGGACGGCUCCAACACCAUGCUCGCAGCUGCAUGGGCAGCUAGCAACGGCUCGGCCAUGACCUACAGCUCUGACACCAUGCUGAUCGGUAACUAUGCCAACACUUUGCUGAACAGCAGCUACGAGGUUGGGGCAUACAUCCGCCACGGCUCGAGGCACAACAUUUUCGAGAGUCUGGCGGGUGACAUGGUCACGCUGGGAGUUCUAAGCAUCGAUGGGGAUAACGGGCGCAUGCUGAGCAGCAUGUCGAGCAACCACCCCUUCAAGAAGGUCCACAUGCUGACGCACUACCCAGUAACGACAUCCACCGAGACCAUCGAAGCACCAGGUGGCGACGUCACGCUGACCAUCGAGAAGGCUGAACACGGCCCGCUCAUGCACAUCUGCGAGAUGGCAGGCAAGGUGACAACUCCCUGGUUCGCAGUGGCAAGCAACCUGCACCACAUCAAUGCGCCGGUGAGUGUGCUCAUGCGCAUGGGCGAGCCUGUGAUGCCGUAUGUCCUGGCCACCUCGCCCUACUGUGCCAAUCGACCGUACUGCAAAGCCUCGUUGGAUCAAGCGGAGGAGCUUUUCGGCAUCUCCCUGAACUACCACCAUGACCCGAACGAGGUGCUUUACAAGGC